CCUUGUUCUACGACGAGUUGGCCGUGCCAGGAGGACGGGGGAUGGAUCGCCCGUCACGGGAGCGAACGGAGUUGAGGAACCGGACUCCUGAUGCUCCUGAUCCAACACUGCUGAACUCCGGUGCUUGAUGAGCGCCCGGACUGCCUUGGUGGUUCCCUUUAGGGAGCCACUGAGGGAGCCGGUGCUGGACCUCUGCGGUUCGGUUCCGAACCUCUGUGCCUCGCGUUCGAGGUGCGCCGGACUUGACCUUGCCGGUGGAACCUUUCAGCAUUGGCUUCGUCGCCUUGGGCCUUCUGUUGGCGUUCAGGGCCAGCCAGUCGCGGAUGCGCUUCGCCCGCGUGCGCGACUUGUGGGACGACAUCCUGGAGAUCUCCAGGAAGUUGUAUACCGAAUCCAGUCAGAAGGUGGAGCGUGAGCAGUUCAUGGAGCUGGCCCGGUGGAUCCCUGCGUUCCCCGCAGCGCUCAUGUGCCACCUACGACAGAGCGAUGCGCGCAGCUUGCGCUCGCAGCUCCGGAAGUCGCGGGGCCCGGACCAUGAAGCGCACGAGGUCCCGGAGAUCGGAGGCUUGACGGAGGUGGAGAUUGCGGAGGUGCUGAAUCGGCCCGCUGGGAUUUCAGCACCUCUCUUCGUGCUGCACCGACUCACGGCAAUCACGACAAGGCUAAAGUUGAAGGAAGAUGAUCGGAUGUUCAUCUCUAGCUCACUGCCAUCUCCUCAGACUUU